CUCUUGCAUCUCAUCAUGUCUAAACUUAAUCUAGGAUUACAUAUUCUUGCCAUAUAUGUUGUUUUCAUUGCUCACCAAAUCCAUGGAGGUGGAUUGCAUCCAACCAACCAAAAGGCAUGGUAUGCACAUGCUUCUCCAUCAAAAAAGUCCAAUGACAUCGUUUAUUUUGCGACACAUAGCACACAUCCCGGUAGCUACUAUGGACUUGCUGUUACAAUGGAUGUGUACGGACACAAUAUCAGUGCUGGUCAUAUCAUAACAUCUAUUUGGAUUGCUAAUAUGGAGGGUGAUCCAAAGACAGAUGAGAAUGCAAUUUGGGUCGGGUGGCAAGUUGACCCAAAAAAAUAUGGGGACUCACAUACUCACUUCUUCACGAGUUGGACGAGAGACACAUAUCAUACAGGGUGCUAUGACAUGGACUGCCCUGGUUUCCAGCUUGUUAAGGGGUCAAAAAUCGCUCCGGGUGGCACAAUACAACCAGUCUCUCAUGUUCAUGGUGUACGUCAAAAGAUUACAAUUAAAGUGUUUAGGGAAAAAUCCACGGGAAAUUGGUGGAUACACUACGGCUUCAACAAGGCCCCAACACCGGUGGGCUAUUACCCAGCAAAAUUGUUUGACAAGUUAUCGAAGAAGGCGACCCAAAUUUCAAUUGGUAGCGUUGUUGGGGGGAGUCCGUCUAUCCCAUCCCCUCCAAUGGGUAGUGGAUUCUUGCCGUCUGAUAAAGCUGCAUUAAUCACAGAUAUUUCACUCAUUGGGGAAGAUGGCAGGAUGACACCUUUUACUGUGAAUACAGACAGGUUACAGAGUAAGAGUAGUUGUUACUCUAUCUCACCUAUCCAAGGUGCAAAAUGUUCCUAUGGAGGUCCAGGAGGUUGCUCCCGCUAGCUUAAGUAGAUCUUACUCAUAUAAGUACAUGGAUGUGGUGCCGUGAGUCAUGUAAACGCUUAAGAAUAAUGAUUUGGC